AAGUUACGAUUCCUGGCGGACAGUGUGAAGGAACUCAAAAAACAAACCGCUACCAUCGAACUCUCCGUGCUUGAAGAAAAGAUCAAGACACUGCCACCAAAACAGCAGUUGAGUGUGAAGCACUGCUUCGAGGCUGCGAAAAGAAAAUCCUCAAAAGGGAUGGGCUACAAACAGGAGUGGAUGCUCGAGUGCAUUCUCAUGAGAAUGAAGAGCCCACGGCUAUACAGCCACCUUCGACAGAACAACAUCCUCGCUCUCCCUGGGCGGACCACACUAAAAACGUAUCUGAGGCGGUACAAAAGUGGGUUUGGGUUUAAUCCGACAACAUUCACUGCACUGAAGGAAAAGACAGCCGACAUGAGCGAACUUCAAUGCCAUGGGGGUCUGGUGCUGGACGAGAUGAAGUUGUCCGAGAAUGUCGUUGUCCAGGCAUCCGGUAAAGCAGAAGGCUUUGUCGAUUUGGGUCAGUUCACGUCUGAGGAGCACAAAGGAGUACUUGCAGACCAUGGUAUGGUUCUACUCUUCCAGCCUUUCUGUGGAAAAUGGACACAAAUAUUAGGCGUUUUUGCAUCACGUGGAAAUGUCAAGGCCGGUCUCCUCUCCAAGAUCAUUGUAGACACCGUGCUUCUGGCCGAACAGGCUGGACUGUUCAUCGACUACAUCUGCUGUGAUGCAGCUUCAUGGAACAGAAGCAUGUGGAGGCAAUUUGGUAUCAAGGCAUCGCUCAAGAAAACGACGUGCAAGAGCCAACACCCAUCUGGCCCAGGGAGGUAUCUCCACUUCAUCUCCAAUUUCCCACACCUCAUUAAGUGUCUACGCAACAUGUUCUUGAAGACUGGAUUUCGCACACCACAAGGCCACGCUGGAAGAGAGCACAUCGUUGAAGCCUGGAAGUGCGACUCCAGCUCUCUGAAGCUCAGGGCAAUGCCACGCAUUACCCACACUCACCUGUUCCCAAACGCAUUUGAGAAGAUGAGGGUCAACCUGGCCUUCCACCUCUUCAGCGAGGAGGUUGAAAGGGGUCUUCACCUCUACCAGGAGCAGAUCCAAAAGGCACGUGGGAACCACCAGGGGACGCUCCAGCUGCACAAGCACAUAUCAACCUUAAUCAGAGUGAUGACUUCCCGCUGCCCCUACGAUGCCCUGAGGCCCGGAUCCGAACAGGCAAAGCAUAUUGACGACUUCCUUGCCUACCUGGACGAGUGGGAACGUGGAGCAAAAGACGGAGGCUUUGUGAGCCAAAGCACGGCUGAAGGCCUCCGGGUGACUCUCCAGAGCACCAAGAGCCUCCUUCGGUACCUGGUGACUCUUGGGUAUCGCUACAUGAUGACAGCAAGACUCAGUCAAGACUGUAUUGAAAGGCUCUUCGGAAUAAUCCGACAGAGCCUAGGGCCAAACGACCAUCCUACCCCAGCGCAGUUCCUGAUUUUAGUGAACUGCCUAAGUUUUUACAACCUGGCAAAGUCACCGUCUGGAGGGAGCGUCUCUAAGGGAGUGCUGAAUUCCUUGCUAUCUGCAGAGGAUGCCGGAAAGACGGCAAGGGACCAACUCGACGCUUUGCUCGAAGCUGGCAAGCUGGACGACGUGGAAGAAGUCCUCAUAGAAGAUGACCAUGCUAGCUGUUUUGAGGAGACCAGCGACUCUCGGCUGGUUUACUACAUGGCUGGUUACGCAGCUCGCAAGUGCAUCACCAAGAAAGGGGGAUGUGGAGACUGCAAGGUCGCCUGUCUCAGAGAGUCCACACCGACAGCUGCAGACCACGCUGCCUCAUACAUGUGCUCGUUUGACAGGGGUGGACUCCUCUAUGCAACAGACGGGCUCUUUGGGCUUAUCAGCCACCUCGAAAAUGUGUUCACAAGGUGCUUUAGCAAGCGCAAGCUACAUGCAAAUAGCAUUGUUGACAUUCUUAGCUGCGUUGGGGGCAACGUUCCUGGUGUUGGUUGUGAUGAGCACAAAAUGGAGUUGACGAACAGCAUCACACGUUUCUACCUUAUCACACGCCUGCACUUCUAUGUGAAGCAAAAGAACAAGCUGCGAAAUGAGCGAAAGCAAAAACAGCAGCUCUCAAAGAGGGGCAGGUUGCUCUGAAAUGUUUGCAUCAAGGUGCAUCAUUUUUCUGACUACAGUUCACCACAGCCCAUUUCAACUAUCUUUUUUGUCCCUGGAGCUGACCUUUGUUAUGACCUUCGGGGUUACAGUCAUUAUUUUACAGGGUUUCAGCUCAUUACCUUAAUUUGCAUGUGGUAAAAGCGCAAAAAGAACGGCAGAGACUGGAAAGGUAACAAUGUUUGCAAGUGAUUGAGAAAUGCGAUAUGUAAGUGCAAUGAUUUUAGACUUCAAACUUUAUGUGAUAUGUAAGUGCAAUG